GUGUGUGCGCGGUAGUAGUCGUACUUUGAAAAGAAAUUAGAGUGGUGAUCACUCCCCAAGUGACAAUCCUUGUGUCAGUGGGCGCGCUUGCCCUGGGUUGGUGCUGUUUAGACUCAGCGAGGAUGGACGAUGUUUCGCCGGGCGAGGAGGUGCCACCACAUUUCAAGUGCAACGCCGAGCCGGAUGAAGACGAGGCGGGAAAUGGCGGGAUGCUCACCUUCAACCAUGCGCACAUGAGGAAAGCAUUCCAGCUCAUGAACGACCUGAGGAGUAAGAACAUGCUGUGUGACGUCCAGCUUGUGGCGGGAAGCAUCACCGUGGCGGCGCACAGGGUGGUCUUGGCUGCGUCCAGCCCCUAUUUCUGUGCCAUGUUUACAGGUGAUAUGAGCGAGAGCAAGGCCCAGCAGGUGGAGAUCGGCGAGGUGGACGGACCGACGCUCAGCAAGCUGGUAGACUACAUCUACACGGCUGAAAUAGAAGUCACUGAGGAUAACGUCCAGGUUCUGCUGCCGGCCGCCAGUCUGUUACAGCUGAUGGACGUGCGUCAAGCUUGCUGCGACUUCCUGCAAGCGCAACUUCACCCCUCCAAUUGUUUGGGCAUCCGUGCCUUCGCCGACCUGCACACGUGCACGCAGCUUGUCAGCCAGGCGCACGCCUACGCUGAGCAGCACUUCUCUGAGGUGGUGCAGUGUGAGGAGUUUGUGGCUCUUUCUCUGCAGCAGGUCUGCAGUCUCUUCUCCAGCGACAAGCUCACCGUCUGCACUGAAGAGAAGGUGUUUGAGGCCAUGAUCUCGUGGAUAAAACAGGACAAAGCAGCUCGCGUGGAGCACAUGCCCAAACUGAUGGAGCACGUUCGCCUGCCUCUGCUGUCCCGCGACUACCUCGUGCAGAUAGCAGAGGAGGAGGCGCUGAUAAAGAACAACAACACCUGCAAGGACUUUCUCAUUGAGGCCAUGAAGUAUCACCUGAUGCCUGCUGACCAAAGACACCUCAUCAAGACGGACAGGACGAGACCACGGACGCCAGUCAGCAUCCCAAAGGUGAUGAUGGUGGUUGGCGGUCAGGCUCCUAAGGCCAUUCGCAGCGUGGAGUGUUACGACAUCCAAGAAGAUCGAUGGUACCAAGUGGCCGAGCUGCCGUCAAGACGCUGCCGUGCGGGCGUGGUGUCAGUGGCGGGUCGUGUGUACGCAGUCGGUGGCUUCAACAGUUCCCUUCGAGAAAGGACAGUGGACGUCUACGACGGCGUGAGGGACCAGUGGAGUCCUGUGGCGAGCAUGCAGGAGAGACGCAGCACGCUGGGAGCGGCCAUGUUGGGAGGUCAUCUCUAUGCCGUGGGAGGAUUUAACGGCAGCAUAGGUUUGUCUACAGUAGAAGUGUACAAUCCUAAAAGUAACGAGUGGACAUACGUCACGUCUAUGAACACACGGCGCAGCAGUGUUGGCGUCGGUGUGGUCGACGGGAAGCUGUACGCAGUGGGAGGUUACGACGGGGCGUCUCGUCAGUGUCUCAGCACGGUGGAAGAAUACAACCCUGCUGCUGAUCAAUGGUGCUACGUUGCUGACAUGAGCACACGGCGGAGUGGAGCAGGUGUGGGAGUGCUGGGGGGGCAGUUGUAUGCGGCUGGCGGCCAUGACGGACCUCUGGUGAGGAAGAGCGUGGAGGUUUACGACACGCAAAGCAACACGUGGAGACCCGUGUGCGACAUGAACAUGUGCCGCCGCAACGCUGGCGUGUGCACCAUCAACGGUCUGCUCUAUGUGAUCGGAGGAGAUGACGGGUCCUGCAACCUUUCCUCUGUAGAGUUCUACGACCCUGCCGCCGACAAGUGGAGCCUCAUCCCCACAAACAUGAGCAAUGGGCGGAGCUAUGCUGGUGUCGCAGUCAUCGACAAACCCUUCUGAGCGCAGGCAGUGCUCUUGAUGUUGAAAACUUGACGAGCAGCCACAACAGCGAGAUGUCCACGCCGCUGAAACGAGCCAAUCAGGGCGGAUCCUGACGGGCUCUGGAUCACGUUGCUGUUCACACUGUGGAGAACACUCCCGGUGAUUAAAAAAACAGACGGAUGCACUUUGGUGUUGAAAGCACAACUUCCUUCUCAGGCUCUCAACGCGGAAGCAACUGCGGCGAUGGGGUGCACGUUGGAAGAUGCACCACCAGAUGGCGCACUCACUGGAACGCUUCUUUAUGUUUACUUGGAGAGAAAGAACUUUUAUAUGCAAGUAAGUAUUUUUGAGCAUAAGAAGCACUGCUGAGGUGUGGACAUGGCCAGGUUGGUACCCAACACAUCAGGCUCACUACUGAUGAUGAAGAUGAGGGUCACAUGACUGAUGUUUCAAAGUGCCAAUAUGUCAUUACAUGUAAAGAAUGCUGACUUUGAAAGUGUCAAAAUGCACUGUAGAGUUUAAACUUUCUGGUUAUUUAUUACAUUCAAAGCAUUUCGUGUCAAAGUCAUGUGUUUUUGCUUCACUUGAUUUCAUGUUUCAAGAUGCUAAACUACAUUGAUUUAAAUUAAAACAUUUAAAGAACCUUUAAAGAGGACCUGUUAUGCUUUUUCCACCCUUCUAACCUAUAAAUGUUGUAUUCUUGUGUUAAACUGUGCCACUAUUUCAGAUAAUGAGGUUUGCGCCUCUGGAAGCGAGCCCUGAAAGAGUUUGGGGUGGCUCUGGAUGCUUGGUUUCAGAGUUUUUCCUAACAACGACUUCCUGUUACGUCACGGUGACCCGGACGUCAUUACUUCCCGCCCUUGUUUCAGCGUUAGCACGGAGCGAAGCUAACGCUAAUGUCUUCUAUGGAAUAUUUUUUUCAGGUUCGAAGGACAGCUAACUUACCCAAAGACCAGAAGUGGUUAAAGUUACAGAUUACAGGUGAAGAGACAAAUAUGGGACUGUUUUGGCGAAGCUGGACAAUCCGCCAAACCGUUGCUGAAGUCCAAAGCCUUUCCAACGCUAUUUGGAGCCAGAAGCCAAGCUGACAGCGUCUGACGCUCACGUGACCUGCCAGCAGGAAACGACCACAUGACGGCGAUGCUUGCCAAGGUGGACCACCAGGGGGAGCCGCUGACUGUUCCAGCAGCUCUGGCCUGAGAUGGGAACAGGAAACAGGAAGUGAGUGCAGCGUCUAAACGUGAUGGGAUUGUGUGUGUGUGUGUGUGUGUGUGCGUGCGUGACCAUACAUGGACGAGGUGUUGGACGUGGACAGACGCAGGUCGAGCGCCAGCUUCCCUGAGCCUUCCUCCAUCUUGCUGCUGAUUGUCCCUCCAGGGGAGUCGUGGGGGUCGAUGGCCAUGAUGACCUCCGAACCCUGCAUCUCCCCGCCACUGCUCUCGCCUUCCUCCUCCUCUUCCUCCUCCUCCUCAUCAUCCUCCUCCUCUUCUUUCUCUGCUUCUUUGUCCUUGUCGUCUCCUUCCUGCCCUCCUUUGCACUCUUCCUCCUCCUCUUUGAUCUCCUCCCAGAAGUGGGCCGUCUCGCCUUCAAUGAUUGGCUGGAGGGUUUGGCUCCGCCUCUUGCUGGAAGGCGACACCUGGGAGAGGAAGUAAAGAGUGCGUGUGAGUGAUGCUAACGAUGCUAACGUGUGUACUAGGGGUGUGAAUCGAUAAUCAUAAUAGUUCAACAUUAGAAUCAACAUGGUGCAAAAUGAGAAAAGAAAAAAAAUAAAAUUCACUAUGGUCCUAAAAAAAGGAUUUGGCUUUAUUCCUUCUUGGCACUUGGCAGUUAAUUUAACGAAGUUACUUAAAUGUUUUUUU